CCACAUCAACUACAUCUUCUCCCUCGGUUUUGCCGAUGUUUAUCUUUUUCUCUGGCACCUAUGUCUCCUCCAUCGUCUUCUUCUUCCCAACAAACAACUUUACGAAUCGGCAUAAUUGGGUUUGGUCCCUUUGCGCAGUUUUUGGCCAAAACUCUGAUGAAACAAGGCCAUUUUAUCAGUGCAACUUCAAGAUCAGAUUAUUCAGAUUUGUGCACAAAUUUGGGCAUCCUAUUCUUCAGGGAUAUUGGUGCAUUUCUGGAAUCUGACAAUGAUAUUAUUAUGAUUAGCACAUCCAUCCUGUCUCUAUCACGAGUUGUGGAGUCCAUACCAUUCCAUUGUCUCAAACGGCCUACACUUUUCAUCGAUGUGCUCUCUGUGAAAGAACACCCAAAAGAUGUCCUUUUGCGAAUACUGCCCGAGGAGUGCGACUUGCUGUGUACGCACCCAAUGUUUGGACCGGAAAGUGGGAAAGAUGGAUGGACAGACUUGACUUUUAUGUAUGACAUGGUUCGAAUUAGAGAUCAACAUCUGUGCUCCAGCUUUCUGCAAAUCUUCUCAACUGAAGGUUGCAAAAUGCUGGAAAUGACUUGUGAAGAGCAUGAUAGAUUGGCUGCUCGAAGUCAAUUUCUCACUCACACAAUUGGCAGGAUCUUGGUGGAAAUGGAGGUUGAAUCCACGCCCAUAGACACAAAGGGAUUUCAGAAACUUGUUCAAGUGAAGGAGAGCUCAGCUAAAGAUAGUUUUGAUCUGUUCAGCGGGCUAUUCAUCCACAAUAGGUUUGCCAGGCAACAGAUGAAAAAUUUAGAAGUAGCAAUAGAGAAACUUCAAGAGAGAUCGAAGGAGCUGCAGGAUCCCAUCAUAUCGAAGUUGUAACCACUGUUGAAUGAUGUCGAUGAAUGGGAACUCUAUAACUCACUUUCUUGGUCUUGUGAUGUUUCACUGCUUGUAUCAUUAAGAUGAUAUUUUUUUGGCAACUUUUGCUGAUACAUUUCUUACGAAAUCAAUUUAGACAAUGU